GCAUUGUCAAUCGACGGCACGUCCGCGUAUCUUCGACGGCGACCAACUCCGAAAUUAUUUCGUGAUCGAACCUCGUCGCGGUAACAAUGCUGCUCUACGGAUCGUUGAUAAUAUUUUUUGUGGCGAGCUGCUCGACCGUCGCUCUACCAGUUCCAGAUAUUCCACCGUAUCUAAAGAUAUGUCACCGGAGUGACCCGCAUCUGAACGACUGUAUAAAGGAGAGCAUCAAAACGUUGAAACCGUACCUGGGAAAUGGCAUUCCGAGCCUUCGAAUACCACCCUGUGAGCCACUUCAUGUGGACGAAGUCGAGAUCAAUCAAUUCUCCGGCCCGAUUUAUAUCCAUGCAAAGUACAGCAAUAUCUCCAUCUACGGCGGAACGAACAUUGUUCCAAAAACCAUCAAGCUCGACUUGGACAAAGAUCGCAUGAGAUUAAAAUUCUUUAUUCCUUGGCUGGAAAUGAUCGCGCAUUACCAUCUGAACGGCAGAAUAAUGAUGCUACCGAUGGUCGGAAGUGGUUUGGGACACGGGAAUUUCACGGACAUCGAUGUCAUCAUCACUCUUCAGAUGGAGCGUUACCAGAGCCAAAAAACGGGUCAGGUUCACCAGCGCGUAAGCGACAUUUACGUUGAUUUCGUGAUAGGCCAUGCUACGGUGAAACUGGACGAUUUAUUCGACGGCGACAGCACGCUCUCCGCGGCCAUGAAUCUUUUUCUAAACGAUAACUGGAGGUCCAUAGUCGCGGAGAUAAAGCCAAAACUCGAGGAGACUAUCGGCGAUCUUAUUAAAGACUUCACGGACAAGAUUUUCUCCGAGUUUCCGGAAGAUGUGUUGCUGCCACCUUGAAAUUGUAUCAUUUUUUAAGCUUUCGCUUAGAUGUAACAUAGAGUUUUUAAGUACAAUUUGUAAAUUUACAAAUCUAUAUAUAAGCUGGUACUAAGAUAUUCUUUUAUAAUUUCGUAACAUACCUAUAAUCCUGGUAGUAGGCAACCACAUGGUAAACGCGUAAGCUGGACAAACAUUCCGCAGGCGCGGUUUCAAAUUUAAAAUGAUCAGUUUCGAUUACCACGAUAAUGAGGAAGCAAUAAACUCGUUCUCCAUGUCUUCUGCCAAUUAAUUAAUUAGCAAUGUAAUAAAAACUAAUGUAAGUGUAUUCAGACUUUCCAAUAAACAGUUCCAUCUAUAAGAUUUUGUUAGUUUAAAGAAAUUUACAAA